GGCGAAGGGCAGGCCGGCGGCGCCGUAGACGCGGGGCACGCUCGCUCGCUCCCUCCCUUCCUCCAAUGCCGUAGGCUCCAUGCCCAAUGUGGGACUUGAUUGAACUCACAACCCUGAGAUCGAGAGUUGCAUGUUCUACAAACUGAACCAGCCAAGCACCCCAGAACUUCCACUUUAAAAACACUUACUUUUUUUAUGCAAACAGGGGAACUCUAAACCAAACCUACUCAGAAACAUUUUGUGUGUAUCCUAUUUUGAAUCAAACAUUAGAGGUCUAGCCUUCUAUCAAAUGAUGCUGUUUGGAAAAAUUUCCCAGCAGUUGUGUGGCUUAAAGAAACUCCCAUGGUCAUGUGACUGCAGAUACUUCUGGGGCUGGUUGAAUGCAGUGUUUAAUAAAGUGGAUUAUGAACGCAUCAGGGAUGUGGGACCCGAUAGGGCAGCAUCGGAGUGGCUGCUGCGCUGUGGGGCCAUGGUGCGCUACCACGGCCAGGAGAGGUGGCAGAAGGACUACAACCACCUCCCCACAGGACCUCUGGACAAGUACAAGAUUCAGGCAAUUGAUGCCACCGACUCUUGUAUCAUGAGCAUUGGAUUUGAUUACAUGGAGGGCCUACAGCAUGUUGAAAAAAUAAGGCUAUGCAAGUGUCAUUAUAUCGAGGAUGACUGUUUGGAGAAACUUGGUAAACUUGAAAAUUUACAAAAGAGCGUAUUGGAAAUGGAAAUAAUUUCAUGUGGGAAUGUCACAGACAAAGGCAUCAUUGCUUUAUAUCACUUAAGAAACCUGAAAUAUUUAUUGUUAAGUGAUCUUCCUGGAGUAAGAGAAAAAGAAAACCUUAUCCGAGCCUUUAAGACAGCACUGCCUUCUCUGGAACUAAAAUUAGACUUGAAGUAAAAUAAUCAUAUUUAAGAAG